CGCACCUGGCGCAUGCGCACAGCUCCAUAUGGCUCCAAGAUGGCUGACACAGCGUCCGGGGGCUCGGGCACGCGGGCGGGCAGCAAGCAGGCGGGCACCCCUGCGGACAAUUACCACCUGGCCCGGCGCCGGACGCUGCAGGUGGUGGUCAGCUCGCUGCUGACCGAGGCCGGCUUCGAGAGCGCCGAGAAAGCCGCGGUGGAGACGCUCACCGAGAUGAUCCAGAGCUAUAUUUCGGAAAUUGGGAGGAGUGCCAAGUCCUACUGCGAGCACACAGCCAGGACCCAGCCCACGCUCUCGGACAUCGUGGUGACCCUCGUGGAAAUGGGGUUCAACGUGGAGACUCUUCCCGCCUAUGCCAAGCGCUCCCAGAGGAUGGUGAUCACUGCCCCUCCGGUGACAAACCAGCCCGUGACCCCCAAAGCCCUGACAGCCGGGCAGAACAAGCCUCACCCACCCCACAUUCCCGGCCAUUUCCCGGAGUUCCCAGAUCCUCACACCUACAUCAAGACUCCGACCUACCGGGAGCCGGUGUCCGACUACCAGGUGCUGCGGGAGAAGGCGGCGUCGCAGCGGAGGGACGUGGAAAGGGCCCUCACCCGCUUCAUGGCCAAGACAGGAGAGACCCAGAGCCUCUUCAAGGAUGAUGUCAGCACAUUCCCACUGAUUGCUGCCAGGCCUUUCACCGUGCCCUACCUGACAGCUCUGCUCCCCUCCGAGCUGGAAAUGCAGCAGAUGGAGGAGACGGAUUCCUCGGAGCAGGACGAGCAGACGGACACCGAGAACCUCCCGCUGCACAUGGGCACGGACGAUGCAGGACCUGAGAAGGAGAACACCUCGGUGCUGCAGCAGAACAGCUCCCUGGCAGGCAGCAGGAACGGGGAGGAGAACGUCAUCGACAACCCCUACCUGCGGCCCGUGAAGAAACCCAAAAUCCGCAGGAAGAAGUGAAGGGGGCUGGAAUUCCUUUGGCUGCUCCAGGAAUCACACAGGGGCCAGGAGGAGGCAGCCCAGCCGAGGAAGGGUCUCUGCAUGGUGAACUCCACUCCCAUCCUGCUCUCCCGAGCUCCCUCUCCCCUCUGCUCACCGGGAUGGGCCAGGAAAACCAGCUGGGAAUCGUCUGGGGGACUUUGGUUCCUGCUGUGGGGAGGAUUUAUUUUCUGAAGAGCUGAGAGGGACACAGGGGUUGGAUUUGGAGAACACAGGGGUUGGAUUUGGAGAACACAGGGGUUGGAUUUGGAGGAUACAAGAGCUGGAGCUGAUGGACACAGGGAUUGGAUUUGGAUUUGGAUUUGGAUUUGGAUUUGGAUUUGGAUUUGGAUUUGGAUUUGGAUUUGAAUUUGGAUUUGGAUUUGGAUUUGGAUUUGGAUUUGGAUUUGGAUUUGGAUUUGGAUUUGGAUUUGGAUUUGGAUUUGGAUUUGGAUUUGGAUUUGGAUUUGGAUUUGGAUUUGGAUUUGGAUUUGGAUUUGGAUUUGGAUUUGGAUAACACAGGAGCUGGAGCUGACAGACACAGGGAUUGGAUUUGGAUUUGGAUUUGGAUUUGGAUAACACAGGAGCUGGAGCUGACAGACACAGGGAUUGGAUUUGGAUUUGGAUUUGGAUUUGGAUUUGGAUUUGGAUUUGGAUUUGGAUUUGGAUUUGGAUUUGGAUUUGGAUUUGGAUUUGGAUAACACAGGAGCUGGAGCUGACAGACACAGGGAUUGGAUUUGGAUUUGGAUUUGGAUUUGGAUUUGGAUUUGGAUUUGGAUUUGGAUUUGGAUUUGGAUCUGGGUUUGGAUUUGGAUCUGGAUCUGGAUCUGGAUUUGGAUUUGGAUCUGGGUUUGGAUUUGGAUUUGGAUUUGGAUUUGGAUUUGGAUUUGGAUUUGGAUUUGGAUCUGGAUCUGGAUCUGGAUUUGGAUCUGGAUUUGGAUUUGGAGAGCACAGGAGCUGGAGCUGACAGACACAGGGAGUGGAUUUGGAUUUGGAUUUGGAUUUGGAUUUGGAUUUGGAUUUGGAUCUGGAUUUGGAUCUGGAUUUGGAUUUGGAUUUGGAUUUGGAUUUGGAUUUGGAUUUGGAUUUGGAUUUGGAUUUGGAUUUGGAUUUGGAUUUGGAUUUGGAGGACACAGGGAUUUUCCUGCUCCCACAUCCCACCAGAACACACUGGUGUGUCUGGAGGCUGGAAAAAGAACUUCCACCAACCCUUAAAUCCAAGGAAUGUGUAUUCACAAAGAAACCUCCCCGGGAGGUUCCUCCUUUCGCAUUCUUGGCAAGGAAAAAGCAAACAAAUCUUUUCUUUUAUAACCUGAAGGUUUUUGGUGUGCUGGUAAAGGAGUGUCCCAGAGCCCCAAGGACAUUUUAUUCCCAUUUUGCAGCUGCACUGGGCACUGAAAACCUCUCAAGUGUGGUGGUUUUUACCCUGUCACGGCUGCUUCAGGCUCCUUUUCAGUUUAUUGUUGUUUUCCACACAGCUCAAGUCCUUGGAGAGCUCCCUCCUCCCCCAGUUGAAAAUGGAACAAAGCUGUGCUUUUAUCAUCAAAAUUUGAUUUUUUUUUUUUUUUGCUGCUUUAUUUUCUUUAUUUUUAUACCAAUGUUGGCAUUAUUGGUUGGUUCUGCAGGGCUUUGCUUUCAUUUUCCUUCAGCAUUUUCUUAGGUAAAAUAUGGGUUAAAUGUCCAUCAGAAAAAGCUCCUGUGGUUUGAUCCAAUCUCCCAAGAAUUCCAAGUUCACCUCCAUGCAGUUAAAAGGAUCCUCCCUCUUCCCCCAUCACCCAGAGAGGAUGAAAAUAAAAAGAAGUUUUUGUAUUCAAUCAUCUCCUGCCAAAAAAAUACGAAAUUAAACCUCAAACCUCCCCUUGUGUGUGCCCCUGUCACUUCUGCUGGUGCCUUGCUUGUACAGAAUGACAAAUGUACAGACACACCCUGUAUAUGUUUGUAUAUAUCCCAAAAUUUUAUCUUUUUUUAACUUUGUUUUUUUUCUGCAGGGAGAAAAAUCCCUUGCUGGGUAGGGGAAAAAAAAAAGUGGAAUGAAAUUUGUGGGUUUUAUGUUCAUAAUAAAAGAAAUUUUAUCUCCUUACGA